CGCCUCCGGCCCAGCCCCCUCUAGGACCGCGGGCAUUUGGAGGCCGCUCUCUCUUCCUCUGUAAGUCUGGAGGAGUACUCUAUGGUUCUGUCUAUCGUUCCCCACCCCCACCUCCUAUCCUGACCUUGAGGCCCAAAGAGUACCAUCGAGAGUUGUGGAGCAGAGUGGCAUAGCCUUCUUGGUGGGUGUGGCGGGAAGUAGAUGAAACAACUCGAGGGCCGGGCGAAGCGGCGCUUCCCUGAAGAGCUAAGGGCCGAAACCAUCGAGAGGGAGGGCCAGAGAGUCAUGGCGGUCUUGAAAAUGCCUUGGGGCCUGUAAGAUUCAGUGUUUUCCUUUCAAGAUGCCCCUCACAGACUUUGUUCUGGCCCUGAAGGACAAUCCCUACUUUGGGGCUGGAUUUGGGCUGGUGGGUGUGGGCACAGCCCUGGCUCUGGCCCGGAAGGGUGCCCAGCUGGGUCUGGUGGCAUUCCGGCGCCAUUACAUGAUCACACUGGAAGUCCCUGCUCGAGACAGGAGCUAUGCCUGGUUGCUUAGCUGGCUCACCCGCCACAGUACCCGAACUCAGCACCUCAGUGUCGAGACUUCGUACCUUCAGCACGAGAGUGGCCGCAUCUCCACUAAAUUUGAAUUUGUCCCCAGCCCUGGAAACCACUUUAUCUGGUAUCAAGGGAAAUGGAUCCGGGUAGAACGGAGCCGAGAGAUGCAGAUGAUAGACCUGCAGACGGGGACCCCCUGGGAAUCUGUCACCUUCACGGCUCUGGGCACUGACCGAAAGGUCUUCUUCAACAUCCUGGAGGAAGCUCGAGAGCUAGCCUUGCAGCAGGAGGAAGGGAAGACAGUGAUGUACACAGCUGUGGGCUCUGAAUGGCGCCCCUUUGGCUAUCCACGCCGCCGGCGGCCACUGAAUUCUGUGGUUCUAGAACAGGGUCUGGCUGACCGAAUUGUCAGAGACAUCAGGGAAUUCAUCGAUAACCCCAAGUGGUACACUGACAGAGGCAUUCCCUACAGACGUGGCUACCUGCUUUAUGGGCCCCCUGGUUGUGGAAAGAGCAGUUUUAUCACAGCCCUGGCUGGGGAGCUGCAGCACAGCAUCUGCCUGCUGAGCCUCACAGACUCCAGCCUCUCUGAUGACCGGCUCAACCACCUGCUGAGCGUGGCACCGCAGCAGAGCCUGGUGCUCCUGGAGGAUGUGGAUGCUGCCUUUCUCAGUCGAGACCUGGCUGCGGAGAACCCAGUAAAGUACCAAGGUCUAGGGCGUCUCACCUUCAGCGGCCUGCUCAACGCCUUGGAUGGCGUGGCUUCCACUGAGGCCCGCAUUGUGUUCAUGACCACCAACCAUGUUGACAGGCUCGACCCUGCCCUGAUACGCCCUGGGAGAGUAGACCUGAAGGAGUACGUGGGCCACUGCUCACGCUGGCAGCUGACCCAGAUGUUCCAGAGGUUCUAUCCAGGGCAAGCAGCUUCCCUGGCCGAGACCUUUGCAGAUCGUGUCCUUCAAGCUACAACUCAGAUCAGUCCUGCCCAGGUGCAGGGCUACUUCAUGCUUUAUAAAAGUGACCCUGCAGGGGCAAUUCACAAUGUGGAGUCUCUGAGGAGGUGACAACUGGGCUAUGCCCAGCCCUCUCCUCCUCUAGGAGAUCAAUAAACACCUGCCAUGC